AAGGAGGGGUCGGAGGUGCUCUUCAUCAUGUCCAGGAAGCAGGAAUCGGCGGUGGUGACGGACGGCACGUUGGCGGGCCUGUGUUCACUGACCAGGGAGUUUCGGAGUCCUCUGGAGGACCCCGUGUCCCCAUCUGCUACCUCACUGGACGACGUGGAGGAAGUGUUCGUCCUCCCUCAGGCCUCCAGCUCACCCAGCGCUGGAGACCUUUAUCUAGAGGCAACUGACGAGGCUGCAUGUGAAAUCUUGAACACUGAGAGGGCUCCUCAGCCGAGCUCUGGGGUUGACGACGGCAGUGAUGAGAAUGAACAGAACGCCACGUUGGAGGCGUCGAUUGACUUGACGGAGGACGUUUGUGUGUCAGAUCCUUCAGAAAACGACAGUGUUGUUCCUCACAUGAACGGGAAUACAGAGAUGCUAGAAGGGACUGUCAAGGGAAGGAAACUACCGAUGCGUGUUGGUAGAGGGACGCGGCUGGAGGCAAUCGUCAUGAACAUAAAUUCAAGCCGUUAUAAUAUGUCAGGAUGCAUACUGACCAGAAAGAAACCCAGUGCCUCCAGCGUAGAUAGUCCGAGGAGGAACGACACUGUAUCAGCGCGUAAAAGAAGAAACAAAGUGAAAACUACUUUCUCAGUUAAAAAAGUAAAACGAAAAGCACUAAAGAAGGGUAAAUCUGUUUGUGUUAAUACUGACAGCUGCAAAGACUCUACCUCCGAUUCAGAACUCGUCAAUAAGUCGAAGAAGUCGCGUAGCAGAACACCUAUGAAAACUCCUCCUCGGUCGACGCGGGCGAAAAGAGACCCGCCGCAACGGAGUACCACAAGGUCUCAGAGGAAGUCCUCGUUACAAUCAAGUCCUCAGUUUACAGAGCAACCAGACCUCACCUCCCAUCCUGAACCUGCAGUGGAAAUAGCCGUGUUGAACCUUUCCCCCGCUGCGCCGCAAUCAAAAUCUCCAAAGAACAACCAAGGUGAAACCAAAAGCAAACUAUCUGGAAGUAAAAAAUCUCCCACGGCUAAGACGAAGGCGGCUCGCACUCCCAAACGCCGGCGGAAGCCGGUCAGCCGGGGCCCGUCCUCGUCCAUGUUCGCCCCCAAGGAGCCCGAGAUCAAGCUGAGGUACGUCAACUUCAAGGAGGAGAAGAAGGACUCCAGGGUGGACAGUUUCUCCCCGUUCAUCCGCCUGCAGCGCCAGCAGGCGCCGCCGUCGCCGUGCACCGUGUUCAACUACCCCGAGCAGGUGAAGCCGCAGCAGAAGGGCCGCCAGCAGCAGCAGCAGCAGCAGGGUCGCACCAGCGGCUUCAUGUCUGCAGCCGUCCCCAGCACUUCCUGCCUGCAGCUGGGCCGGCCGUCCGCGCAGGGCCAGCACCAGCGCGCCCUCGUCUGCUGCCUCUGCGGCCAGGCGGCCAACGCCAUGGACCUGGGGGACCUGCACGGACCGUACUACCCUGAGGGGUACCGGCCGAGCGCCAAAACACCCGCCAGCACGUCGGGCCUCAAGGAGAACGAGAACUACAGCGAUUCGGACUCGUCGUCUUGUAGCGUGAGGGGCCGCGGGAGGAAGGGUGCCGUCCCGCCCACGUCGUGGGCCCUCAGGCCCGGAGCUCAGCUGAAGCAGAAGGGACGCCUGGAGAGCCGCCGGUGGGCCGGCGACGGCGCCGCCAGCCCCGCGGCGAAGCGGGCUCGCUCGGAUCCUGGUUCUUUGCACGUGGAGGACUGGUACAGCCCUCCGGUGCUGCCGCACGAGCCCAGCGAGUUCUGGCUCCACGAGGACUGUGGCAUCUGGGCUGCAGGCGUGUACCUCGUCAAGGGCAAAGUUUACGGGCUGGAGGAAGCGGUCAAGGUCGCCCAGGAGACGAUAUGUUCAGCGUGCCACAAUCCCGGCGCCACAUUGGGCUGCUUCUUUAAAGGCUGUCCCAACAAGUACCACUACAGGUGUGCGCUGGAGUCAGACUGUGUCCUCAUUGAGGAAAAUUUCUCCAUGAAGUGUAAGAAGCACAAGAACAAGACGUUCAAGGCCCCUCCAGGGAGCCGCUGGGAUGACGGGUGACGGCCGGCGGAGACGCUGUGAGGUUGAUCCACUCGCAGUAUGGUCCGCUGGUAGCCAUGGCGACGGUGGACCAGGGUUUUUCCCAGCGACAGCUAGAACCCACAAACCUUAACUCUGCUCUGCUCGCCAGAACCUUCCUCGGUCCGGUCCGGUACUCGGCUUCAUCGCCUUCAUCGCCCUCGCCGCCAACUGUGGACGGCGCAACACUGCUCUUAAACUGUGUUAUUUAUACGGGAUUGUUUUGGUUUACUUUAUUAAUUUUUUCUUCGAAUUGAAUAUGAAUAACAAUCAAAGAUAUUUAUUUUAAAAGAUUUUUUAAGUAUUUGAUUUUUAUUUGGUUAUUUAUUCCUGAACUUAUUGGCUUCUUUUGCAGACGUCAAGCAACUUGGAUUGUGUGUGAGCGAGUAUGUGUGUUGUUUUUUCUUUUAAUUUCUUUCUUUAAGUUAUUAAUUUUGGGGGGAAAAAGGCAGUUUGAUGCUGAACUUUGAAGCCAGUCAGGGGGAUUCUGGGAUGUCUGCGUGUUUCCCAACAAGGGUGUCAUGUGACACAGCACCGCGGACCAGCACUUAUGGCAUUAUGUUAUUAUUUCCACCCGCUCGGCUCCGGUGGGGGCCCCGCCGGCGUCGACGCGAGUGCGUCUGAAUGUAUUUCCCCCAGGAAACUC